CAGACACGCAAGAUACGACUACACGCUCUCCACAACAAAUAUGACCGCUUCGUCUACGGCGCACAACGUGGGGAAUCACACAAGCUCUAAAGAAGAGAGAAAGCUGAGGAAGCCUCUCAUUGAGAGAAAAAGAAGGGAGAGGAUAAACAAUUGCUUGGAUCAACUGAAAGAAGCUGUGAUCGGAGCGUUCAGACUUGACCAAUCCAAACUUGAGAAAGCCGAUAUUCUAGAGAUGACAGUGAAACAUCUGCAAAACAUCCAGAGUCAUAAAUUCAAUGACUCAACGGUAGGCCUGGAAGCACAGCAGAAGUACAGCACGGGUUACAUCCAGUGCAUGCACGAGGUCCAUAACAUGCUGCUGACCUGUGAGUGGAUGGACAAAACACUUGGUUCACGCCUCCUCAACCAUUUGCUCAAGUCUCUGCCAAGGUCCACAGAUGAGCGUCCCCUCCCCCCUAUCCCCAGGCAUGACACCCCCCGUGCACCCAGCCAAGGGACUGGGCUCCACGGCACACCCCUCGGAGGUGACCCCCAGACUGGGAGACAAAUCCAGGGGGACGGGCCCCCUUGCUAUAUUGUAAAUCCCCAGGAAAAGCCCCUGCACCUGCCAGGCAGCCCACUGUUCCACAGCCCACAUCUGGGGAUGAUGGACAUGUGGAGGCCCUGGUGAAUUGUCAGACUUGACUUAUAGCAUCUCGACUUUCCACUGUGUUAGACCCUCCUCUGUUAUGUAUCUUAUAGAUAUGCUACUCAGAAGACAACGGUUCGGGGCAGUUCUGCUCCAGUAAUCAUAAUUCUAUAUUGAUUCUAUACAGACCCUUUUCAGUACUUCCCAUCAGAAGUUUGACAUCCUGUAGCCUGCAUUAUAGAGGGCUCUUAUUAAUGUCUUUUAUAUUUAUUGUAUUAACAACAAGUUUAUUUAUUUGAAAUUAUAAGGGUACGGCAUUUCUUUGUAGAGCUUAGCACUGUAUAGAUUUAUUAAAACUUCAUCCUUUUUGAUGUAUAUGAUUAACACAAACGUUAAUAAAGAGAGUUCAUUUAUAUAAUUUCA